UCCAUAUUCAAUUCGUACCUCACUGUUGACAUGUUGAACCAAUUUCUGCUGUAAUCUCAGGAUCCCCGAGCUCCUCUUUACUUAACAAUAAGAAUAGAGUAAGACCCAUCCUUCUCAGUAGUGUAAUGGCGCUAGUUAGUCUUUUCUGCUUUCCUUCAACAACGCAUAUCUCCACAGAACAUAUUCAGAAUCCUCACCGCCAAUCUCACCAUUCUAUCAACAAUCUCUCUCUUUCUCAGCCACCCCAUUCCCGUAAUUUCCCGCGCCUGUCCCUCGAACAUUCACCAAACGUUAGAACCAAACAAAGCAUUAACUUCACUCUCGGAUUUGCCUCUACCUCCCAAGAACAAGUCCUUCAUUCUUCCCCAUCAGAUGUUCCCCCUGACGGCCAAGAAACUGAGGCACCCACUGAAGAGUUUUCACGGACAAGGUUGAUUGCUCAAAACGUGCCUUGGACUUGUACAACUGAAGAUAUUCGUUCUUUGUUCGAGAGGCAUGGAAAAGUCCUCGAUGUUGAGCUCUCUAUGUAUAACAAGACCAGAAACAAGGGUUUGGCCUUUGUCGAAAUGGGUGCCCCGGAAGAUGCUAUUGCCGCUAUAAAUAAUCUCGAAUCGUAUGAGUUUGAGGGUCGCAAAAUAAAUGUCGAAUAUGCCCGGCCAAAGAAGAAGAAAAUUCCUCCUCCUGUGAAACCAAAGCCAGCUGGAACAUAUAACUUGUUUGUUGCUAAUUUGUCAUAUAAAGCGAACUCUGAGGAUCUCAUGGAGUUUUUUAAUUCUGGAAGUGAAGGUGUUGUUUCCGCAGAGGUCAUAUUUUAUGAUAAUACUAGAAAGCCUGCUGGUUUUGGAUUUGUGUACUUUGAGUCCAAGCAAGAAGCUGAGGCAGCUCUUUCUGAGUUCCAAGGGAAGAUAUUUAUGGGAAGGCCAAUCAGGGUGGCAUGGGACAAGCAAUUUGUUAACGAAGCAGUGGAGGAGAGUGCAAGUUCUGGAGAGACAUCUUCCACGCUGAGCGUGACUGAUAAAGCUGAAUGAUACCAUUUGUUUUCCCUGCUGGAUAUCAAAAAUUUUGUGCUGUAUGCUCUUUCUUCAGAUGCUUUUGUUUAUUUGCUCGUGCUUUAGGAUAAUGCUAAGCCGUUGAUUGGACCGAAGGCUCAAGAUAUACAAGAAGUAGAUAGGUGAAAGCAUGAACAUUUUUGUGAUUCAAGGAAUCGUCAUUGAGAAUGAAUGAUUACAUCUCCAUGGAGUCAGUAUAUAUUUAGUUCUUAAUGUAACAGUUGUUUGAACUUUGAAUGUGUUAAGAACAUGAGAAACACAUCAAUAUUAUUGAUGUUACUUGCAUUUUCAAUUGUUUAGUUCACGACCGAGAGGGGAUUUGGCUGUGGUGUAUCUAAGAAUGUCCCUUCUAAUAUAUGGGGGAGAAAAAAGAAGAAUAUGGGUUGAUGAGACCAAAGCAAAAAUAUUUGAAGAAGGGGAAAGACAGAAACUUGACUUUGCGCAUUUCCCUGAGGGUUGACCCAUGCCAACACAUUCCCCACCGAGCCAAUUUUAUUACUAUUUGGGGCUGCUUGUUUUAUUUUAUGUUUCUCUUUUAACGUAGCUCUA